AUGGGUUUAAAUGGCGACACAGCAGUACUCUCGUCUUUACGUGUGACGGUUGAAUUUAUGAAAGAGUACUCGAGAACUCGUUCGCAUUAUUUCAACAUUACGGAGGAUCAUUGCAUCAGCGAGACCUCUUCUGGUCAAACUCACAGUCUCCCUCUAGCUCCUGAGCACGUGCCUCUGCUCUACAAUCCUCUUCCGCUCCACCUCCCGACCACCAACAAGGAUGCUCUGAUUCUUCAUGCUGCUUGUGAAGGUAAUAUCGAUCGAUACGCACGUUUACGACGUCCUGUCAUGAUCCAUCAUGAAACUGAGGCCGUAGUCCGUGGUAUUUAUCACCACACGGCUUUUGCACGAUGGUGUCAUCAUCAACCAAACGUAGCCCAUAGCCCUUUUCGUGAUGACAUCAGACAGGCUGCUCUAGCCCGCUUCAUCAUGGUAAACGAUUUAUCGCGGAUUGCCGAUCAGAGCACUACCACCACACAUACUAUUACAGGCGCAGAAUGUUGGCCUGAUCCAUUUUUGAUAUGGUUGCCGCUCAUUCCAUCAGAGUUGACACUCCGUGAGUUAGUGCGCCGACGUCCGAGCAUGCUGCGCCAAGUUGCCAUGGCGUGUAUAGCAGCAGACUACUUUCAGUUGUGGAGUGAGCUUGAGCCAGAGCCUGAUCCAAUACUCUGGGAACAAGCAACCAGCAUGGGAGUUGUAAACAGAAAUCAGAACUACUACUCUGAAGAUUUAGAACGCCGAGCAGCCGAGAAGAAUGUCAAUCUGCUUGUGUGCGGUUAA